AUGAAUCCCUCCACAGAAGACACCGAUUCGCAGGGUGAUCAUAAAAAAGCCGAAAACCGUGAAUAUGACAAUGAGGACCUGUGGCCGCCCCGGCUUCCCUUGACUUCGUUUUUGUUUUAUGUUGCACACAUGACGGCCAUGAUGUCGGUUCCGAUUAAUUUCGACCCGUUGACACAAGCAAGUCAAUUUGGUGCGAAAUGGCAGGCCAUGACACCGGAAGAGCGAGCUCCUUGGGAAAAGAAGGCAGAAAAAGACAAAGUAAAGUACGAUGAAGAGAUAGCGGCUUAUCUAGUCAAACACAAGGCGAUGAUGGACGAAAUUGAAGAUUCUUUGGACAGAAUUCUUCACAUGCCUGACUUUGACGAAGAUACUAGCGAUACUAUACAAUCUGACAGUCUUCCCAGUAACGCCAACUACACUUACCCUGAUGAUGCGAACGGCAAUAUGCAGAAAAAUACUUGUAAUAUCGACCCUUCCUUAUCCGACGAUAGCCCCUUUGUAACGUGCUCACCUGGUAAUUCCGCUUCUACCGUUGACGGGAUAUUUUCUCCUGGAUGUCGUCCGAUCGAAAACGUCCAACCCAGCUCGGUUGAUUCCAUUGACGAUGCCGAACCGCCACUCUCUUAUUACCUGUUUGCCGAACACGUUCGCUCUCAAGUCUGGAAGAUGCAGCCCCGAUAUCCCGAAGAAGAUGUCAAUCUUCUCGUACAAGAUCAAUGGAACCAAUUAACACCGACUGGUAGAUUCGCGUGGGAAGCGAAAGCGAACGAGUUGAUUUCGUCUACGCCGCAUAAUAACGUUUCAAACUGUUCGGAUAAUCCGUUUGACGUAAGCAACGAUGAAAAUCAGGAAUUGUUCGACAGCAAUCAUCGUUCAGGAACAAGACGAACGCCAUUGUCACUGUUGCAUGACACGCAGAAUACAUUUCGGCUAACGUCUCCUCCAAGAGCUUAUAAUAAACCCAGUGUAUUUGAGGAUAUAACGUCUGAAAAUUUAAUAAACACCGGUUUUGAAAGGUAUUACGAUGAUAAUUUGCAUACACCUGAACCGGAGGAACGCGCUUACAAAAAAAGAAAAAGAGAAAUGACUGCAACACUUGAGAGACAGCUAAAUAGUUUGUUGGCGUUUAGGUCUGAUGAAGAUGACGAGGAGUACGACAAGGAGAAUAUGUCUCCGCUUUCACAGAAAACUGGCAAAAGCGCUACAAUAUCUGAUAGCGAUUCUCCGCUCACGGCUCUUCCUUUUUAUUCAAUAAACUAUAUUCGUCCCGAAAUGUUAUAUAAUGAUGUACAUCUCGACUCGCAGAAAUCAUGGACAGACAGAUUUCCAACCGAAGAUGAACUAUUGUUUAAGAAAGAGUUAGCUGCAAUAUUUGCUGGUUCUGCUGACACGCAAUCUUUAAACAAAGAGAUUGCCAAUAUUGAGUCAUCAUCAGAUAUUCAAGAUUUAACGUCUGCGUCAACACCGUCAACACCACCCAAACUUCCCAAGCCUGCUUUUCUUCUAUUCUCCAAGGAGCUGUUACCCAAAUUAUGGACAUUACAUUCUCAUGUACCAUUCAGUUCUGUUAGCAAAAUGAUUGUGGAUACAUGGUGUGGUUUAACCCUUGAAGAUCGUCAAGAAUGGGAAGAAAAGGAACAACUUGACAGGAACAGGUUUUUGAUGGAACAGCAGGCAUAUGAAUCAUGCAAAGUCGAAGAGAAUCUCGGGUAUUAA